AUGCAACGUUUAAGAAUAUCUGAAGAAUCUUAUUUGAAAUAUGUUAAAACUAUUAAUGAUGCAUUUCAAAUUAUAAAACGAAUUAUUGAACCUUAUUAUUAUGGAGAUAAUUCAUGUAUAUAUGAUAAUCAUGAAGCAUCGAAUGUACAAGGUAUAAGUUUUACACCACUUAAUCGAACGUUUCUUAGUAUUGAUAUGUAUACUAAUCAAAAUAUAUAA